AAUCGCGUUCUCUUUCUGCCCCGCCUGCAGCACUGCCCGUUCGCUAUCAUUCCCCUUCCCCCUACGCCAUGCCGAACAUCGUGCUGUUCAGCGGCAGCUCCCACCACGAUCUGUCCCAGCGGGUGGCCGACCGCCUGGGGCUGGAGCUGGGCAAGGUGGUCACCAAGAAGUUCAGCAACCAGGAGACCAGUGUAGAGAUUGGCGAAAGUGUGAGGGGAGAAGAUGUGUAUAUUAUCCAGAGUGGCUGUGGAGAAAUAAAUGACAACUUAAUGGAACUGCUCAUCAUGAUCAAUGCUUGCAAGAUUGCAUCAUCCUCCAGAGUCACUGCAGUAAUUCCGUGUUUUCCAUAUGCCAGGCAAGAUAAGAAAGACAAGAAGGGAGCCGUGGAGCGUUGGAGUCGUGCUCCAAUCUCUGCAAAACUUGUGGCCAACAUGCUGUCAGUUGCAGGGGCUGACCACAUCAUCACCAUGGACCUGCAUGCUUCUCAGAUCCAGGGUUUCUUUGACAUUCCAGUAGAUAACCUGUACGCAGAACCUGCAGUGCUGCAGUGGAUUAAAGAAAACAUUUUGGAGUGGAAAAACUGUAUCAUAGUCUCACCUGAUGCAGGUGGUGCAAAAAGAGUUACUUCAAUUGCUGAUAGAUUGAAUGUGGAAUUUGCUCUCAUCCACAAGGAAAGAAAGAAGGCAAAUGAAGUAGACAGAAUGGUCUUGGUGGGAGAUGUGAAAGACAGAGUAGCCAUUCUUGUCGAUGAUAUGGCUGAUACAUGUGGCACAAUAUGUCACGCAGCAGACAAGUUAGUAUCUGCUGGAGCCACCAAAGUUUAUGCUAUUCUUACUCAUGGCAUCUUUUCUGGUCCUGCUAUUUCUCGGAUUAAUAAUGCAGCAUUUGAGGCUGUUGUGGUAACUAAUACAAUCCCCCAGGAGGAGAAAAUGAAACACUGCCCCAAAAUUCAGUUUAUUGACAUUUCCAUGAUCCUGGCUGAGGCCAUUCGAAGAACACACAAUGGUGAAUCUGUAUCUUACCUCUUCAGUCAUGUCCCCUUGUAACUGCAGGAGGUUACAUAACAGCUUUUCAAAGGUCCUGUCAACUAGCACUGUUGUUUUUAGCAAUACAUCUCAAACGCAAGAAAUUGGUAUACUUGUAAAAUUUUGGAGCUUGUAUGUUUAAUUAUUAUAUUUGUCUUGUAAUUAACAUUUUUUUUUGUUGUAAAUUGACAAUAAAUCCGACUUGCAGAAACUUUUUAUGGAUUCCCUGGAGAGUUUGGGAAAUUUCUGCGUUGUGCACGUUCUCUUUUAUGUACUUCUCUCUUUGUACUGAGCUGCUGCUUCAGAUCUUUUUAUAUAGAGAGCUACUGAAUGUUCACAGAACUCAAUGAAAUUUAUGCAGAAAACUUGUCUGUGUUAAGCUAAUUCGUGCAGGGUUGGACAUCUUGCAUUAAUCUUUCAGUCAAGCAGAUGUUGAUUUUUAACAGCCAUGGUAAGCUGCUAUUUUGUAAGCUGUAAGAGUUUAAACUUCCUUUUAAUUUUAAGGAACUGUUGACACAUCAUAUUAUUAACUGUUUCAUACACUUCAUGUUCCUUUUCCACACAAUAUAUGGUGUUGCCACUUUCACUGCAUUAAAUCAUUUUCUUAAUGUC